AUGAGACACUCCCAGGCUACAUGCAAUCUAGAUCCGUCGCAGGGGUCUGGAAGCGGCGCGUAUCCGUCCACGACGCCAAAUUUCGUCGCCCCUAGUAAACGCGGGGGCACAGUGCGCCAGCCGGCCGCGUACGCCACGCACGCGUUCCCCGAACUGCGCUCGCGCGGCCGUGAUACGAAAACUAAACACCCCCCUACGCGGUGCACGUGUGUGCGUGCCGCGUGC